AUGGCAGGUAGCGUGCAGUGCUUGUUUGCAUUUAUUUCCUGCUUCACUGUGUGAGAUGCAGUCUUUUUACAGCAACCCAGGGAAAUCUAGAGAUGUGGAAGUCUCUCUGAAGAGCUGGAGAGCUGAAAUGGAAACUAAAUCAUUCAUCGGAAACAUCUUAUAAAGUGUUAAGAUAAGUACUAAUGGAAGGCCCUUUGCAAACAUCCAUUCACCUGUGCCAUGAAAAUGGUCAGUGGAUGUCACAGUUACCAGAAAAUCUCUGGGAUAUUCCCCUCUAUAACUUAUCUCUUCCAGGGAGUCAUGACACUAUGACCUACUGUUUGGAUAAAAACUCUGCUGUUAGUGACAAUGAAUCAAAGCUGGUGAAUUUUUUAAAUAAAUGUAUGCCCUGUAUUGUACAACCUAUUAUUAUGAAGUGGUCUACAACACAGGAACUGAGUGUGACCGAGCAACUCGAGGCCGGAGUUAGAUAUUUGGAUUUUAGGAUUGCCCACAAGGCUAGUGAUCCAUCUAUGAAUUUGUACUUCGUGCAUAUGCUUUACACAACUGUUACAGUUCAGGAUAUUCUGUGUGAAGUCUUAAAGUGGUUGGAAACUCAUCCUCAGGAAGUUGUUAUUUUAGCUUGCAGGAAUUUUGAUGGAUUAACCAAGAAGCUUCACUGUCAUCUCAUUGGCUGUAUAAAAGAGAUUUUCCAGUGUAAACUGUGUCCCAGAAAUGUAGUGCCAACGCUACGGACCAUGUGGCAGUGUGGCUAUCAGGUGAUAGUCUCAUAUGAAGAGGAGAUCCUAGUGAAGGAGCACUGUGAACUGUGGCCUGCGAUUCCAUACUGGUGGGGAAACAAAACUACCACUCGUGCACUUAUCCAGUAUUUAGAACGCAUGAAACAGCUAGGCCGUCCAGAAAGAUUCUUUGUAGCAGGGAUUAAUCUUACUGAAAAUUUAGCAUAUAUUCUUGCACACCCAUUUGGAUCAUUGAAGAAAAUGACACUCCAGAAUCUUCCAUACCUGAAAAUCUGGGUAAAGCAACAGUAUCCAGGACCAAAAAAAGAAUGUAUUAACAUCAUUGCUGGAGACUUCAUAGGAAAUGAUGAUUUUGUGAAAGAUGUGAUAGAACUUAACACAAAAAUGAAUCCUCCAUUACAUUGUCAUAGCAAAGGGGCUGGAGGAAAUACUGUUUCAUUCUGAGCUUUUUCAUCUUUGUCUGCAUUUAAUGUUUCUUCCUUUAAACAUCCUAGACUACAUAAAGGACCAAUUAACUUAAACUAGGGAUGUUUUCAAGACUCAGUAAGGGAACUCAGUAUCAUCAGGGUUUAAAGGCCUUUUCAGAGAAAACAGGAGAGGCAGGAAGACCUUGCUGAAGUUUCUAGAGAACUACAGUAUAGGUAUAAUUUACUUGGAGGUGCUUAGUUUCUGCACAAUCACUAAUAUUGACAGUCCUAAGAACUUAAUCCUAUUUUGAUUUAUUUUACAAUUGAGCAAGAAGGAUAAAUAUAAUGUCACUAUGUGUAUGAAUUACUCAGUGAUCAGAUUUUAUUUUUCUUAUAACUUCAAAUAACUUCAAAGAUAUUCUGCACAUACUCACAAGCUCCAUUUCGCAGUAUAUCAGCAUGAAACUGACUUGUCUGUUUUCAUAGUUUGUCUUAAAUAUACAACAUAAACAGUUUAAAAAUAUUUUUGAUAUAGCAAAGAUAGUUCAUCAGCAAUCCUAUUUGACAUGACUUUUAUAUACACCAAUACAUCAUUAGUAUUGGAGGUCUAGAAAUGGCUGUACUAUUGUGUGCUGAAUGUCAGUUGUGAACCACUUUACCAAAGGGUAGCCACAAUAUUCUUUAUGAUUUAUAAAAGAUGCAUAUAUUUGAAAACUAUUGUUACACUUUUUAUACAUUCAUGCCAGUAUUACUAUUGAUCUCAAGAUACUAGAAGUAGGCACCUAGACAGUUUUGCCCAUUGUUUUAUUAGGAGUUGCUAAGGAUACUUUACACAGAAAACAAGCACGCAUGAAACUAGUGCCUAAUGUACACAGGGCCUGCUCUAAAAAUGCAGUUUUUUGGCUUUUGUCAUGCUCAUUUGCAUUUUAUAACUGAUUUUCCUUUAUUUACCUAUUUUAGUAGCUCUAAAAUUAUUUUUCAUCCUAAUAUAUGUUUUAUGUUUAUGCAAAAACUAAGUGUUUUAUACUGCUUGCCAUUGCACAUUAAUUCUAUUUUUCUAAUUUUUUAAUGAACAGUGCAAUAAUACAUGAUCAUGAAGGUAAGAAAACUGGCAAGUGUCAGGAAUAAAAUGAAACAGGUGCUGUAUAAAAGUUCACUGUGCAGCUUCAUCAAUAUACCUCACAUUUUAGAUGCACUUUAUAUGCAAAAGCUGAGUUCAAAUGUCUGGCAAGAUGUUCACAUUUGCAGCAGAUAUUUGCUCAAGUUUGAAAUGAACUGUUACUUGACAUUAAAUAAAUCAAACUUACCUUAGGCUUCUCGAAACAAAAGGCUAAGACGCUACCUCCUCAUGCAAUCUCCCCCAAUUAAAGGCUACGUGGGAGUGAAAACCAAACAUUCCAUUUAGAAAGACGGCUUUUAAAAUGCUUUUUUUUUUACAGUGAUUUUUAUCCUUGUUCUCACCUCUGUUUACUUUAUGUACAGCAGUCAUUCAGUUUGACUUUUUUAAGAGUCACCACCUGCAUGAAGUACUAUGUUACAUAUACUCAGAAUGUAUUUCUGUGUAUCUUCUGUACCUAAAGUGUCUUGUUACUUUACCUAAUAAAGCUUGAUCUAUUUGUUCAAUACA